UGGACCUGAGUCACAGUAAAUAAAAAGAACAUUCGUAGUAAUUACCUCAUCCAAAUCCUACCUCACAUUUCUUGCUUUUUUAAAUAACCGGUUAGUUACUGGUCCAACAUAAUGCUGCCUUAGCUAAACAGUUUGUGUUAACUGGACGGUGAAGGGACCUCAUGCACACAAAACAACAACUAGACGGUUACAUUUAUAUCACUGCUAAUGUUUUGGUUAUGAAACGUUUCACAUUUAGGGUCAAGAAAAAGAGAAAAAUCAAACAGCACGAACAAAGCGUUUCCAGCUGUCACUACCAGAAACACUUGAGCACUUAAAACACCUCGUAUCCCCACAAACACCCCUCUGAGCUCUUGUUGCCGAGGCAGACUGUCUCCCCCUAAUGAUUAAUAAAAUCAUUCUGCAGAACUCACCUUUUUCAAAGUCCUUCCAGACUCCUUUAUAACGUCUCUGCCUGUAUUCAAUCUCCAGUUUUCCUUAGUAACCAACCCCUUCCUAGUUACUCCCACGCUACGGGAUGAAAUAAAGGUCAAAAUUACUAGCUGGGUGAAAACGCGAAACGUAUUACCUCCUGGUCUUUUUAUUUGCCACACAAACCCUACUUAUCACUGUGAUCAGUAAUGCUGUCCGUUUGCUGAUAUAGGGCGUUUACUUGUAAACUUCAAGGGAAAUGAUUUCCAGAGAAUUCAGCAGUAUUGAGUAUUUAUUGAUGAUAAAUCUGGACAUUAAUUUGUGGUGUACGUUUCUCUCAGCUCUUUUGCUGUAGCAGACAGGCUACAAAUCAUUGCAAUACCAUCAGCAUUAACCAAAUACUAAUGAUGAUAAUACUGAGAAUGGUGAUGAUCAUGUGUAUAUCUGUGUGAUCUUAUUGUGUAAACAGUGGUCUGAUGCUUCCCUCCAGAAUAAGAUAUACUUUAACAUUUUGAUGUUGCUCUGACUUUAACUCCAAUAUAAUUGUUAGAUAACACAAAAAAUAAAGAAAACAUUUUAGACAUUUUUAUGUCUAUAUUGUUAUGACCCUACAAACAUGUACACAACAAACAAAGGUUUGUCUUUAUUUUUAAAUUGCACAAAUGUUUGUUGCUCUGACUGCAACAUAGAGUCCAUCUAUGUAACACAUACAGUAUUAUUGAUUUUUCACAAAACACAAAAAUUUGACUUUAUCACUGACGUUUAAUUUUGCCAUAUGUAAUUAGACAAUUGUGGACAAAACUUAUCAGAAAUCUAACAUUAACAAUGCUGCAUAUCCAGAAUCAUUGAUAUCCAUCAGGUGCUUCUUUUUUCCCAAUCAGAGGGAUAUUUUCCUCAAAAUCUCUUAGUCUUACACAUUCCAUAUUGUAGUUAUUUUCAGAUAAUCAAAAACCCUCCACGUGACUCUCAUGUAAACAGGGGGGAAAAAAAUGUGUUUUCUUAAAAAAACAAAACUUUAUUUUUAAUGGCAAAAUGUUACACCACUAUACCUCAAAACCACUUUUUCUUAUUUUUCCAGACCAUUAAAAUGACUUCCAUUUCUUUUCAAUGAUUAACAAGGCCACUAUCAACAAAGAAAGACCUGAAAUGUAAACUGACUAUAUCUAGCGGUCAAGUCAAGGUCAAGCCUUUGUGCUUUCCAGUAGAAUAAUAAACUUUCAGUUACAAAUUAACCAAGCUAAAUACUGAAGACCCUUCAGUGUUACUCAUGAUGUGGAUUUACCUGAGUAAUGGAAAUAUUUAAAGAAGUUAAAAAAAAUACAACUUUACCUUUUACCUCUAAAAUAAAACAUAAAAAUUCAGUAGGCAAUUAAAUCAGAAUGUACUACAGCUUUUAUAGUAUUAAAACUAAAUGUAAAAUCUUGAAAAGGAGACCCACAUCUUGGGGAAAGAUGCCCCUUUUUAGACUUUAAAUUUUCACAAAUCAUUUUGAUCCAUGCACAUUUGUUACUUCAACAUAACAUAAACUUAAUGUUCACAUUGGAGUGGAUAACACAUACGGAAAGUUCUUUAUUUAUUUGAUCAUUUUCGACACUAUGACUCUACAAACAUAUUUAUGAAAACCAAUUUGAGUCCGAAACACACAUCUGUAAGCAAAUAUGAUGACCAAAUGAGGGAGUAAUGUAGGUUUAACCAUUGUUCUGAUGGUCAAAUGAAAUGAGCUGAAAGGGCUCAUUUAUUCUUAAAUAAAUUAGAGUGGAUCCAAAUAGCGAUAUUCCACAAAACUCCAUUAGUUGGCAGUAAAGCAGCAUUAUGAGAUUAAGUGCAGAGGAAGGGGAGGGUCAGCUGACAGAAAACAUCAGCUGGUUCUCUUGUGUUUGCUUUGGACUUGAGUCCAAGCGCCGUUUGUCGGCCCUUUUACCCGACAGGUGGCGAUGAUCCGGAUCCAUCAGAGGAGCUGACGGCUGGAGGCUGCUCCACAGGCGGGUUCAAGGCAGGUGAGACAGAGGUAAGAGUGUGUCCUGGCUAAAGAGAUGGCUCUGCUAAUGGAGCACCAGUUCAGACAGCUGCCAGCUGACAGACAGGUGGAAACAAGACCUUUUCUGGAGGCUGUGUCAUACCUUCCACCCUUCUUUGAUUGCCUCGGCUCCACUAUUUUUGCACCAAUCAAGGCUGACAUAUCUGGUAACAUCACAAAAAUCAAGGCGGUUUAUGACACCAACCCUGGACGGUUCAAGACUCUCCAGCAGAUUGUGGAGGCAGAGAAGGAAAUGCAUGGAGGAGAAUGGCCUAAAGUUGGAGCAACGUUGGCACUUAUGUGGCUAAAAAGGGGUCUGAGAUUUAUCCAAGUCUUCCUUCAGAGUCUGGUAGACGGUGAAAAGGAUGAAAGCAACCCAAACCUCAUUCGAGUCAAUGUCACCAAAGCCUAUGAAAUAGCCCUCAAAAGGUAUCACGGCUGGUUGGUGCAACAGCUCUUCAAGGCAGCUCUUUUUGCUGCUCCAUAUAAGUCCGAUUUCCUGAGGGCCCUCUCCAAGGGUCGGGAUGUCAAGGAAGAAGAAUGCCUUGAAAAAAUCCGAAAAUUCCUCAUCAACUUCACCGCCACUGUGGAUGCUAUUUAUGACAUGUACAGUAAGAUGAACGCUGAUCUUGAGUAUACAGUGUGACUGCGGGACAUUCCUCUUUUCUUAAGUGAGCCACUCAGUUUACGUUUACAUUCUGCAGUCUACAUAUUGACAUUGAUCCCUUCAGGUCAUCCGACAGCUCACUGGGGAAGCGCUUUUAUAAUAUUACACAUAAAAUAUUUGUGCAUUUUUAAUCUUCUGUGUGCCUGUCCUGCUUUCUUGGUGCACCUUUUUCUUAAGCAGUUGCCUAUUUAAACUGUAUUUCUGUAUCCUCUAUUUGAAAAGCCUUGUCUCCUUAUAGGAAAAAACAUGCUGUGUUUAAAUUCAGAAGUAAUGGCAGAUAUUUAUGUUCUUACAGAUGGGUGAAAAUUACACCAAUAAUCAAAGUGCAACCAAAUCAGCAGCAAGACUGCUAAAAAAAAAAAGCAGUAAGAUGUAUGAUGUGGACAAAUUUAAUGCGCAAACUAUCAUGACUGAAUAUAAUGCAAAAUAUAUGUAAGAAUUGAGUUUUGACAAUGUUAAAGUCCGUCCCACUGACCUGUUUGCAACGAUCUGUUACACACAAAAAAGAAUGAGCCUACGCUUAUUUGUAAUAAUGCAAAAAAAUUAAAUCAUUUAUGGUCAUACCCAGUACAGUAUUGUGUAGGUGUCCAUGGUUUCGUUGGAUUUCAUUGUUAUUUUUACUUUUUAUUGCACAAUUUUAAGAAUCAUGACUUUUAAUGUUUAAUUUCCGUUUUCAUUUUUGUGUUUCAUGUAUUGUUCACAAACACUUUCUAAACUCGUACACGCAUUGUUGUAAAUUACACACCUGUUUGUGCCUUAAACUGGAGGUACGGCUCAUUUAAGUGACCAUUUUCUGCCUUUAAUCGUUUAUAUUUUUAUACGUCACCUUGUAUAAACCAGGCAGGCUAAUUGAGAAAAAAAAUAUAUAUAUUGAGUAUUACUGUAGGUCUGGUCUGCCUAUAAUAUACUUAUCUGCUAUGCAGGACGUCCAUACCUUUGCUACCUUUCCAAAGCCAUGCUUCACAAGUGUUUUUCAGUCCACUCUGCUCUCAGGUGCUGACUUUAUGCUAGACGUGUGUUUUCUUUAAAUCUCAUUGUCGAGAGAACCUGAUGUUUUUCAUUACAAUAUUUUGCUGCCUCUGUCAUAGGCAAAUCUAAGCUAAAUGUCUAUGAUGUUUGGCCUCUAGACAAAAUGCUUGUCUGAUGUUUCUUGUGGUAUUAUGUUGCAGUGUGUGUACAGUGCAAAAUAGCAAAUCUUGUAUUUUGUUCUUGUGUAAUAAAAACAAUAACAAAUAAUGCA